AUGGUGUCUUUUGCAUCCGUUUUGGAAAGGGACUUCCCCGCUUGGUCUUUAUCAGACGCGGGAGCAGACCCGGCCGGACACUUCGACUCGUUCGAGCUCAUGGUACGGGCCAAUGGGAGGAGUCCGACUUCUUCCUAUCUCCUGGUUACUCUCUUCUGCGACGUCUUUGGGAUGGACGCGGGGGUGUACAUACACUUUCCUCGAGACCCGAACGAGGAUCACGGAUGGGACCAGAUGGUCCAACGAUACCGGGCUUCGUUCUACGCCCAUGGAAUACGGCCGCACCAGGUGCUCCUGCAGCUCCCUCGUGGCAGGAUAUACAUUGCGCCUGAUGUCCAAGAGUACCUGGCACACCUGGACCCGGAGUGCGAAUCGCACUUGACGCUCUACACUGUGGCCGUACACCACGCCCUUGCCCAACCCGGAAUGCCCCUCCCAACGUUCCCGAGGGUGGGUCGGGUAGCUCAUCGCCACGACGACUGGGACUUCUACCACGUCGAGCCUGCUCGACCAGUCCAACCCAGGGUGAGAGGGGUGGGCAUAAACCCGGGAUGCGACAUUGAAAUGGGUCCCGCAGAGGAGGAAGAAAGAUUGGCUCUGGAGAACACAUCCGUAUCGUCCCGUAGACGGCGGGCGGAGCCCGUUAUCGGCCAGCGGGCCCCUGGCGAUACCAUAGAAGCGAGAACCGGGGAAAGAAGCCAAUCCCUAGGGACACCGGACAACCUCGGGGACGUGGACAGCCGCCAGUUCCAUCAGGUCGGGGGGAAAACGGUGGAAGAGGUAGAGGGAGCACGGCCAGAUCAGGUGCCAGCCGACCGUCCAACGGGCUCCAAGCAAGAGCCGGACUUUUGGGAGUCGGAGCUGGAGGAGGACGGGGACGAGCGAAUGAUACCACAUGCGGGGAGUGUUCGGAGUUGGGCCGAUCGAAUGGUAGGAGGGAUGAGCGAGGAAUCCAGCGAGGCGGGAAUGCUCUACGGAUGGAACCAAAACAGCCCAGGAGUUGGCCCCGCGUUGGAUGAAGUGACCAUGGAGGAUCUUACGCUUAGGUUCGAAACGGUGAAGAAAAUCAAACCCUGGCUAGCGUCCGACCAUGCCCGACUCCAAACCCAUGCGCUCAAUCUCGUCAACAAGGAGCUCGCAGAGAGACGCGAGUUGCCCCCACGCUCAGGGACCCCACUCUCCCUUCUUAGGGCCAUCAAACUCUGGUACCUCCUACCUGCUCUUCUCCAUUCCUUUGAUGGUCGUAUUACUCGCAAAGAGCGCUACAAGGCGUUAAAAAGAGGGGACAUCUCCUCCACUCUACCUUGGUUGAUGGAGUACGCCAAAGCAGCAAGCUCGCGGAGCAGGGGACCGGUGCAGGAAGAAACACAGGAAGACAAGUUCAAAAGGGCGGAGCAAGCAUGUCGUCAUUCUGGUGGGGUGAAGGACGCUGCUAGAGCGCUUCUGGCAGAGCCACGAUCGCCAGGGAAUGACGAAACAUGGGAACGUCUCAAGGCCAAAUUCCCCCUAGAGGAUUCAGCAGCCGUCGAGCAGGCCGUUGCGGAUGCGAUAGCCGAGAGUAUUACCGAAGAAGAGAACGGAAGUGCUCCGAGAUGGAGGCCGGAAGAGGAGUUCGAUCCGCAGGUUCUCAUCGAAGUCAUCAACAGCAGGAGCUCCAAUUCUGGAGCAGGAAAUGACGGGCAACGUUUUUCCCACCUGAAGUCCAUCACCAACACAAAAAUUGGACGAGAAGACUUCUGCGGCGCGAUGUCCUCCCUGUGGAGGAGACUCGUCAACGACCCCAACACGUUCCCUCCAGAGUUUUGGACUCUUUGGAAGCAGUCAAGCCUGAUUGCUCUGGGGGAAAAGUGCCGCCCGGUAUGCAUUGGGAUGACUUGGAGAAGGCUAAUAGCUGCUGGGACAGUCAGGCAGUGGAAACCGAAACUAGAGGAGAUGUUUCGGGAGGCCAACCAAUUCGGAGUGGCGGUGGCAGGAGGGGUCGAACGAGUGGCGAUGGAAGCGCAACUCGUCCAUCAGACGGGAAACUGGAUUAUCCAGACGGAUUGCUCUAACGCUUUCAAUACAGGAAAGCGCACUGCCAUAAUGGCGCAAGCGGCUAAGAGCCUUCCGGAUCUCGUUGGGUAUAUCGCGAGGUGCUACGACGAAAUUCCGGCCACAGCAGUAUAUGAGAUGGAUUCUGGGGAACGCCGGACGCUCGAGUGCACGAGCGGUGUACAACAAGGAGAUGGGAUGGGACCGCCUCUGUUUUCGCUGAUUCUUAUUCCAAUCAUCCUCAAACUCCAGGAUAAGUACAAACCUCUUGGAGUUGCGUUCAAAGCAUACAUGGACGACAUCACCUUGCACCUCAAAGACCUUACAGAAGAAUCUGUGCAGGCGAUGACGGACCUCGUAGACGAACUCGCGGAAGUGGGCAUAGUUGUCAACAGGGCGAAAAGUUCUGCCUUACCUCCUCCAGGGCACAUGAUUACGGAUCAACAGAGGCGGCUUCUGGAAGGAGUUGGACUCACGGUAGCAGGAGAAGGCAUCACAGUGGUUGGCGUCCCGAUUGGAACCGACAAUUACGUCAGGGAGUUCGCCAUGAAGGUGAUCACGGAAGGGGGAGCAGAGAAGCUUGCACGAAUGCUACCCCUAAUGUCGGACAGACAAGUGGCAAAUCUGAUCACCUCCUUAUCCCUGAUCCAACGAUCCGCCUAUAUCGAGAGGGGGAUAGACCCCACACUGACAAAAGAGGCAUGCGAGCGCUUGGACAACAUGGUUCAGUGGGCUCUCGAGACAGGGAUGGGGAUCGAAGGUACUGAAAGCGAGGAAGAGUUCUUCCAACAAGGUUGCCAGGACACCGACCUCAAGCUAAGACCCUAUCAAAGAGCCCAGACGCAGUUGUCGACAGGGGCUGGGGGGUUGGGGGUAUCAUCGGCGGUUAUGCGGAGGUUCUCAGCUUCUUUGGGGAAUCUGAUAAGUACCCUACCAGAGGUUAUCGCCUCACUAACAGGACCUCUCGGAGACUCGGUGAAAGAGAAGAUACCGAACACCACAUUGGUGGCAAGGAUGGGAGAUGCCAUCAAGGAACUCAACCAGGAGCAUGGGCUGACGGAGGAGGUUCUAAGAGGAAUUGUUCCCCCGUCAUGGGUGUCGUGGGCACUAGAAGAUCCAGGGGAAAACGGAAGGCGUCAACCCACGAUGGCAGAACUAGCUGCGCACGAUGGAGAAUCAACUACAGCGAGGAAAGCCCAACACAAACUGGGCAAAGCCAUCAACAAGAAUCUACUCGCUAAGUUUAUGGACUCUCUGGAGGAACUACAGAGGGCGCCCGCAAACGACUUGUUGGCCAUAAAAGAUCAGCUGACUGGCGGCCAAGUCUCUGAUAUCAAACAGCACCUCCUCGACAAGAAGACCCUGCCUUCAACAUUUUUCAGCGACAUCGCAAGUCUGCGGAACCAAAGAGCUCAUGAUCUCCUCUCAGAGACAGAGCACUCGACCCUGCUCAACGACCACAUCAACGCUCAUGUCAAGAAGACACAAAUGGCAGCCCCUGCUGGGUCUACUGGUGGUUCAAGCUCUGAGCUUACAGGGGUGAAACGUAAGGCGGCAUCAUCAGGACCCAAGAGGAAAGGGCGAGCCAGAGCGGCGGCGGGCAUUGCAGGGACGCCCAACAUCGUCAACGCCUUCGUCAGAGCUACCGGCGAACCGAUGGUACGCACUCGGAAGGACGGAAGCACCGAGAACAUCAUGGACAUCACCUUCCCCGACCCUCCACCUCUCACCCCGAAGGUGCCGUGCCCGAAGUGCCACCGUCUCUUCUUCAACAACCAGGGUCUUGGCGUCCACGUGAAAACGGACCACAAGGAUGACGUACGGAUCGGAGUGACCCGUUGGUGUUCGACGGCGAGCGCCGUGGUUGACCCAUCAUCUACCCUUCCCUGGAGUGGGGUUCCGUCAGGACGUUGCUGGCGUGUUAAGUUUCACCACCAAGCCUCAGGAUUGGCCUCUCCAAGAGGGUCCUACGACCCGCGAGAGAAACUGAGCGUUGUGGAGCAGUUGCGAGAGCUGGAGUCGCGGGCGCAAGAGGUACGCGCGCACUUCAACUUGACCCCUCUCGGUUACCUGUCCAACAAAACGGGAAUCGCUGUGGCCAACAUCAGCAAGUGGCAACGCGAAGAGGAGAAACUCUUGGAGGUGGCGGCCAAGAGUGUGAAGAAGAAGCUGUUCGACACGAAGUCUCGACCGAAGCGGUGGUUCCCAGAAGCCGAGCAAGCGCUGUACACGAUGUACAGGGAGCGGCGCAAGAAGAAGGUGCGGGUCUCCACGAGGUGGCUGACGGUCACGUUCAGGAAGCUCCUUGCGGAAAAGUACCCGGAAGACCCCCGUGCGAAGACGUUCCGGGCGUCCUACCGGUGGGCGCAAAAGUGGGCACACCGUCACUCGUUGUCCAUGCGAAGGAAAUCGAACGGCAAGAACAAGUCUUCGGAGGAGCGCCUGCCAAAGAUCAACGCAUGGCUCAAGAGGUAUCGCGAGCUCCUGCGAGAGCCCCGGAGGUGUGGAGGGGAGCUAGUUCCCUGGCCUCAACAAGUACCCCAGGAAGCGUCUGGCGACCUCCAAGCUCACCACAAGUGGGGGCGAUUCUUGCCGGACGAAAGACUGAACACCGACCAGGUGCCGACGGGUUUCGUGAACGGGCAGGUGGACUCCUGGGAACAAACGGGAGCGAGGCGCGUCCAUAUCAUGCAGCCUUUCCCUGGCUUGGAGAAGCGACAGUGCACCGUGCAGCCGACCUUUGGGCCCGGCGGAAAAGUAAUGAAGUGCGCCAUAAUUUUUCGCGGGAAGGGAACCGGCAUCUCCAAGGUGGAAAAGGCAGCUUACGACAAGCGCGUGGAUGUUUUCUUUCAGCCCAAAGCCUGGGCGGACGACAACUUCUGCAUGCAGUGGCUAGAGCGCUGUUUCCGUCCGAGUCUGAUGGCGGCUUCGGGCGGGAAAGUGCCCGACGCGCAGACGGUUCUCCUCGCGGACAACCUGCACGGGCAGACAACUGAGAAGUUCCGCAAGUACCUCUACAAGGAAUGCAACACUCUGCUCUGGCUCUUGCCGGCAGGAUGCACCGACGAGCUCCAGCCAGUCGACGCUGGGAUGGGACGGCGGAUGAAAACUGGGAUGGGGCGCCAGCUAGACUCGUGGCUCGAGCACGGAGAUAACCUGCAGCAGUGGGAAGACGGAUCACUCACGGCAUCCGAACGUCGCGUGUUGCUUACACAGUGGGUGGCAGAGGUGAUCGAGAAGAUCAACGCUGACCAGCAGUAUCGGUCCCGUCUCUUUGAGAAGACAGGGACGGGAAUGACGGCGGACGGCUCUGGAGACGAGCGCAUCAACCUCGAAGGCGUGUCCGGGCCGCUAAAUUUCAUGGACGCGGACGUCGGCGGCAGCUCUGGGGAGGAGGACGAGGAGGAGCGGAAGGAUGACAGCAACCCGGGGGAAGGGGGGAGGGGCGGUGGGGACCUUGGUUUACAGUUGGGGGGCGACAGCGAGUCCGAGGAGGACGCUUCCAGUUGUGACGAAAGCGACGGAGACGAUGAAAAACAGAGCGAGGACCCGCUGACCCAGCUUCACGAUGAUGACCAGCUGUGCGCCGGCGAAGAAUCCUUGGAGAUGGACAUCCCAGACGGGUUCCAGCUCCAGGCGUCUCCACCUUCGGCCCUCGAUCAGUCCUUAGUCAAGCGUGGGGUACUCGUGAAAUUGGGGUUGGGUUGGUUCGGCGGGGUUAUUUCUCGUAGAGCCCACCCGGCUUCGCGGGAUGAGUAUGACUACCGUGUCGUCCUGCACUCUGACGGAAGCACGCGAAGUAUGAAGUUGCCGUUGGAAUCGUACAGCACGGAUGAAGACGCGGGCGUUGGUUCGUGGGUGCUGCUAGAGGUAGAGCAGGAGGAGGUGAACAUGCACGAGCCGUUGAAGUAUGCAAUAUCAAAGGCACUCAACGGCAUUGCGGUUAAACAUGACGUGGAAAGCGGAGCGCCUUUCACGGGGGCAAGGAACCUGAGCAUGGACAUCGUGAUCAGGCCGGGAGCACUCAGGAACGCGGCGUCCUCGGUGUACCGAAACAAGGGCAUACUACUCGAUGUGACCCACGCAGACCCGCAAGCACAAGUACACUUGCGGAAUGGCAGCGCGACUAGCGAUGGAACCGCCGCCCAAGCCUCCGAGGCGCGAAAGCGUCAGCACUACGCUCGUCCGGGACACGUGUCCUUUGACGAGCGCAGCUUUAAACUAACCACCUUAGCGGUGGAAAGCUUUGGCCGCCUUGGAGAGGAGGGAUACGAAUUCAUCAACGAACUCGCAACGCACGUCGCGGAAAGGAGGGAAGGAGGAAGCAUGGCGCAGAAAGGGGUUAUCAAGGAGCGACUUCUUCAGGUGGUAAAGCUAGUGGUUCGUGCCGAACCUUCGUGCGUAGACCUGGGUAUCCUCUUGGAACCUGUCGUCGCCAUCUUGCCGGGGCUGCUUCUUCUCGCGAUCACGUUCCACGACGGCAGGGUUUGCUUCUACAUGCAGAACACGGAAUGCGUGUCGCGUGAAAACCUCGCCAGGCUUACCCAACUCUUCGAGAAACACAUGGACGUCACUGGCAUCUCCCCGUACUCAAUUAUUGAGGGAGAGCUUCAGGAGGAAUGGAGGAAGAAACGAAAGCGCGCGAGCAGUACUGGCGCGACCGCAGACACGUGUACCAUACUUGUGAACCCCCUGGGAGAGGAAUCGCUGCAGCACAUCACACGAGAGUACGUUGUGGAUCUGCUUAAACAAACGCUCAACGUCGGCGUCUUCUUUAAGUUUGGCCUUAAGCUUUAUUCUCUCCCUCAAAAUGUUAAUUUCCGGACACGGAAAUACUACAGUGACGUUCGGGUGCGCACCAAGGAUAAGUGGAUUACCGUGUCGAAGGACGAGGCCUAUGAUGAGAUACUGUUUAUGUUGGUUGAGAAGACACACGAGGCCGUGGAAAUGUACAGGGAUGGCGUCUCGGAGUUUGACAUGAACCACUUCAACAUGUUUUUACCGGUUGUGCUAGAGGGCAGAGACUCUCCCGUACCGGAGAGAAAGAAGUUGUACGAGAAAAGUCGCAACAAGGGUCUGGACACCAUCGCUGUCAGCGUGAACGCCAGGCUCAGCCAGCUGGGCAGGUGGAGGGGCAAGAGAGUUACUCUGCGGUAA